AUGGAACAAGGUGUACUUCCAUUAACACUUCAGUCACUGAAUGGAUGGGACCUCUUGAACCCAAUCACUCAAGGCUUGCUCCCAGACUCUUUGACCUACAUCAAGUUUGGUGAUGGACACAAACAAGAGUUUGAUCAAGGGUCAUUCCCAUAUGGUCUACUGGAGAUUGCCAACUUUAGUCCUCACAACAUCAUAUUGCCUGGUCAACUGCCACCACUCCUUCAAUCAUUAUCAUUCAAUGAUUUUGAUAUGGUCAUCCCGCCAGGAGUCCUACCGCCAACAUUAUUAUCUUUGGAUCUUGGCGAUGUAUUCAAUCAAGAGAUACUAAAUGGUGCUCUACCUUCUUCCCUCACCAAACUCAGAGCUGGACUUGCGUUCAACAUGCCGAUAUUGGAAGGAGUACUUCCAUCCCAACUAACAACACUGAUUGUAACAAGCUACAGCCAUCCACUCCCCACCCUACCAACGACAAUCACCCAUCUUGAUCUUGGUACUAACUUUGACCAUCAGAUACAUCUUCAAAAUGGACUCACAUGGUUGUCAAUCAUUCUAGUACUGCCUGCCCUGCUUGCAUCAACAUUUCCAUCUUCAUUGAGAGUAUUGAAGUUUGGUCCUGGAUUCAAUGCCCCAAUCCCUGCUGGAGUGCUCCCACUCUCACUUACGAAGCUGUCCAUUGGCGAUCUGUUCAAUCAACCUAUCACUGCUGGAUCACUGCCACCAUCGAUCACAGUCUUGAGGUUUGGAGAAUCAUUCGAUAAUGUGAUGUUUCCAGCUGGUGCAUUACCAACAUCACUCGUAUCAUUGACCCUGAGAAAUCAUUAUCUUCCCAAGACAAUGAGACUGCCACCAACAAUCAAGUACCUCAAGAUCCACAAGUUCAUAGCAAAGUGGUGUCUGCCAAAGUAUCUCGAUCAUCUCUCAAUCAUUGCUGACAACCAGUUCCUCUCAAAGAAGAACCUUAGUCUCAAGACAUUGUCAAUGGAGCUCCAUCAUCCAUCUCUACGUACAACAAUGAAAUUGUAUCGUAGUCUUGAAGUCAAGGUCGUCAACAUUGGUACCUAUAGUUUCAACUAUAAUGGCAAGCUAUACUCAAUAUUCACACGAAUGGAUGGAGACUGGAUCAUGGUCACUGUUGCCAGGGGUCCAACAACCGAGGUCAUGUUCCAUAACUAUGACCGACAACCAAGGCCAAUGGAUACACUCUCGAUUGUUGUUAUCAGAAAGAUCUUUGAUCUUCUGAAAUAUGAAUACAUUGACACAGCUUCACUUGGAUUGACAUGCAAGAGGUUGUUUGUCGAGAUGCACAACAGGAGACAACAGAGAUUGAAAGUCACUCCAAAGCUUGAUGGACUGAAUGGUGUGGUGUUGGAGGACCCUUUCGUUGUAUUGUAUUACAACAAGUCAGCAAAGAUUAAAGAACUGCCAUCAAAGUUGACACAUCUAGAGUUUGGACCCAAUUACGACAAGUUCUUACCGCCUGGCAGGUUGCCACCCAUGCUUACCUCACUGGCCUAUCACAUUGGAGAGGAGAAGCGGAUGCCGACAGUAGGCAUCAAUUAUAAUAGGUUAUUUGGAUCCCAUGGCGAUUAUACAUACUUGGUGGCCAAGAUGUUGCCCCCUUCGAUCACCUCUUUGACACUCGGCUCAUCGUUUGAUCAGAUUAUCGAACCUGGUCUCAUGCCGUCAUCUCUCACAUCACUCACACUUGGCAAUGAGUUCGAUUCCUCGAUUUAUCAACAUGCACUCCCUCCAACACUGACAUCUCUUGUAUUUGGACAAUCAUUUAAUAUAAAAAUCAGCGAAGGAGUGUUACCAAGCUCACUCAAGACCCUGACCUUUGGUGAUUCAUUCAAUCAGAUGAUUGAUUUUGGUGUGCUCCCUACAUCACUCACCAGCUUGACAUUCAAUCGAUCAUGUUUCAAUCAUGCUAUCCAGCCCGGUGUGUUGCCUGGAUCACUUGGCACACUCAUACUCGCAUCCAAAUAUAAUCAAACUAUCCGCCGAGAUAUGUUGCCCAUCUCAUUGACAUCACUGUCGAUAAUAGAGCACAUUUCCAAUGACGAUGAUUCGACAGACACCACCAGCUCUAGUGAGCUCACGAGAUCACAGUUGCAACUCCCCAAAUCACUCACAUCACUCAAUAUCCGAGGCCUUAGCAAACCCAUUCCACCAGGCGUAAUCCCAGAGUCACUGUUGGAGUUAUCAUUAUAUAAUUGUGAUUACAAUCACCCGGUGUAUCCUGGAAUGUUGCCAUCAACACUCCAGACAUUGAUGUUUGGAUAUGACUUUGACCAACGGAUCGAGCCAGGUGUACUACCGGCGUCUCUGACCGAACUGAUCUUUGGACAAAAUUUCAAAACACGACUCGAGCCUGGUGUGCUCCCUCAAUCGAUCACCUCAGUACUGAUGGGAGACUUUUACACUUACUCAGGACAUCUUGCCUGGGUCGCUCACAGCAUUGUAUCAAGGUGGCGCUAA